ACAAAAUAAUAGUAUUUUUUAUUUAGCCAAUAAUGCUAGCUUUAUAGGAAAUUAAAAAUUAAAGGUGCGAAUGAAUUGAAAAAUUUGCCCACAUGAUGAACAGAGAGUCAUGUCCGAAGGCUAUCAACAACAAGCGAGAUGUGGUGAAGACAAAGUUGCAGUCGAGCAUAUUUCUUGUGUUAUACAGAGUGACUUUUUUAAGAAGUUUCGUUAAAUGGCUGUUGAGAAAAUUAACUGGUGCUUGUGAGCUUCAACGCAUUAUAAGAACAUAUAAAUUUGCUGAAAGAAAUGAAAAAAUUGAGCAGAGUUUAUUGCUGUCUAAACAUGAGGUUUUACGGGACUUGAUAAAUCUUGAUGUUGAAUUGGAAGAUGUUCCAAUGCUUGUUACAAAAGUAAUGAAUCUGAAGAAUAUUGUCCCAGAGAUGGAUCCGCCUUUCGAAGGUGCGCUAACAACAUGCUUACUCCAAAUGAAAGGCUAUAAAAUCUUAUUUGAUCGGGUGGAAGUGUUGAGAAAAGAGUUAUACGAUUGUGAAAACGAAUCUCAUGAAAAAUUGCUUCUAAAAUUGUGGGAGCUGUUAAAGCCAGAUGAAGAACUGGAUAGUCGUAUCUGUAAAAGAUGGUGCGAACUGGGAUUUCAAGGAUCUGAUCCUAAAACUGAUUUUCGAGGUAUGGGACUUCUCGGACUCCAGUGCAUGGUUCAUUUUGCUGAAAACCACAAUGAAAAGGCUCGUCAAAUUUUACAGCAUUCGCUUCACCCUGUUCAAGGAUAUUCAUUUGCUAUUGUCAGCAUCAAUUUGACUAGUUUGAUGUAUGAAAUGCUGCAAUCUGGACAACUUCGUACUCACUUUUACAAUAAAAUCCAAGGACCCCCAACUGUUGAAGAUUUUUUGCAUGCAUUUUCAUGUGUCUUCAGUCAAUUUGAUAAAUUUUGGUUUGAAUCUGAGCCUGAGAAUGUUAUGGCAUUCAGCCGCAUUCGUGGAAAUUUUGCAUUACAGCUAGGUAUUCAUCUUUCACGUCCCUAUUAUGGGAGUUUAGAAAUGCAAGAUUAAUUGAAGAUGCUUGGCAAAUUCGUUAUAUCCAUAUUGUUCAACUCUUAGUAAGAACUCAGAUGUUAAUAUGCGAAAAGUUCCUAUGCUAAUGCUGCCUGUCAAUUUUUAUGAUAUGCCAUAACAUGCCUCUUAUGAUUGAGAAAAAGUUGUAUCUUGUAAUAAAAAAUGUUAUCUUCAAGCUUAUUGCACAGAUGGGCGUUGUUGCUCUCCAUUGUUGCUUUUUUACAUUGUAUGGAUUUUAAAAUUAAAAUGAUUUUCAAAGUUUGCAUCUUUUCUCGCCUCAAUAUUUAUACUUGUGAUUUGUAAUUGGAUUUAGACGUCAAGCCAUAGGCUUUGCAAUACCAAUGAAGUUCAGUACCAAAACAAAUGAGAAUAAAUAACUAGGCUAUUAUUAAUUAAGCAUAUGAAAGCAGUGUCGAAAAAAUGACACAAUUCUAUUAAAGCAUUAUUGAUAUAACUAUGUUUAUAUUGGCUAUAAUAAUAUCAAAGUUACUGUUAUAAUCCGAAUAUAUUUUUUUAUUAGAAAACUGGCUCUUAAUAUGCAUAAAUUAUUUUUUGCAUUCCUUGUCUAAUUACCUGUUGUUAUCAUGCAUUAUAAUCCCCAUAUCAGAUUAAUUCUAUUUUAGUGACAAUUAUUGAAGAAAAUUCGGUAAUGCUAUCUAGUUACUGAACUAACGACAGACUCUUAUUAAACCCUUUUUUGUCAAAUUUUUCUUGGGUAAAUUCUGAAAUGAUUUGUUCUUUUCUAUAAUGUAAAUUUCGUGACAAAGAGGUUCUCCGAUGUUGUUAUGGCAAGUUGUAAUAAGAUAAGUUUUAAUAAGGAAAUGUUUCGGAUGACAUUUGACAACAAAUUAUCCCUGUUUUGUCAAUGUUUAUCAGAAAAACUCACAUAAAUUCAGCAUUGGAAAAUCGAAUAAAAUGGCAGAAAAUAUUCAAAAGUCGAACUAAUGUACAAAAUCUGAAAUUGGAGGAAAAGUUGUAUAAUUAAAAUUUUAGUAUAUUGAUCUGAAAGUUAUGUCAAUGCGAUUGGGUCCCAAUGAGCAUUGAUGCCACAGCAGUAAGAAGAUAAAUAGGUUACAUAAAAUUUUAAAUUGUGAUGGCAUACAUUCAUACAACAAGUUUCGCAGUGCACAAAUCUCAAGUAUUUAGAGUAAUACUGAUUGUUAUGACCUAUUCAGGUGUCAGGUUUAUCAUCACCCAUAUACUUCAAUUUAUGAUUUAUUUUGCUUGUUAAUGGAGUAUUGACAAUCCAAUGUAGCUAAUCGUACGCUGAAUUUUGUUCAAUUUUUUCAUUGUUUUCUUUUAGACGGUUAUGGAAUGUGUACUACUUGAAUGUUGUCAUGCUUUCAUAUGCUUGGGAUUGGAUAUUCAUAAUAUGCAUCCAAUGUUAACUAUCAUACCAUUUCACACAUCUAAAGUUACUAUCAAAUUUAGUUAAGAGCAGCGUUUUUAUGAGGUCAUGACUCAUCUGUCUGUGAGUGGGACUUAGGAAAUAAUAUCAUUGUUACUUAUCUGAUAGCCUAUAAAGGUUUUUUCAUAAGGUCUAACUCCCAAACACUCAAGAAGAGAUAAAGAAGCUACCCAUAAGUAAAUUUUCGAGUAAAUAUGACAUUUGACACAUUACGUCAUUUGACACAAUAUAUUUACUUGCUAAUUUACUGGCUUUUUUUACCUUUCGUGAGUGCUUGUGAGAAAGACCUUAUGAGGCAAUAUCAUUAUUACAUAUUAGGUAAAUAAACAUGACAUGUGAACAGUCAUCUCUUUACUUUACAUGUUUAAUUUAUUUUGAUUUAUUUAUUCGGCACGUUCUAUAUUACUUUCAAUGGUGAUAAAUUUAUAUGGUAUUUUUUAUAG